AAUUCAACAUUAAAUUCUCCCAAGAUUCCUUUACUGUCUGCUUAUAUAUAAUCGGAUUCACAGAUAAUAAUUCGGCCUAGCCGGAACUCUUCCUGUAAUCCUGCCUCUUUUUCCUUCAGAUUGAACGAUAUGACGAAUGUUUUUAAAACAAAUCGACCUCACUACCGCCCUCAGGCCGUCCUAUCUACCCGACGAAGUUCUACUCUUCGUCCAGGACAACGUGGGACUCUAUGAGGGAAAAUACAAAUUAGCCAACCAGCAAAAUGGACAAGUCUAUCUGACUUCACAUCGAAUAUGCUAUGUCGAUAAACAGGAGCCUAGAAAGCACUCCGUUGCUCUAGAUCUUAAAGAUGUGGAGAGAUACGAAUUUUAUGCAGGGUUUCUCAAGUCUUCCCCGAAAGUAACUCUCAUUCCAAAACCAGCCAAACGAGGUUCUCUCCAAUCUAGAGCGGCGGCAGCGACAUCUACAGCUUCUCGAAACGGUGGAGCAUCACCUUCACCGGCACCCGAUCCUGGGUUUCGGCUUCCCUCUAACGGCGCGUCCCAGACUAACUUGGCGACAUGGAUAUGUACGAUUUGCAGCUUCCCGAACCCGGUCCCAUCCAACUUCGAUCCAACAACAGCAAAUGCACAUACUCCAUUACCACCGUGCCUAGCAUGUGGUAUCAAACCAGCAUUAACACACAUUCUGAAGGCUUCUAUAUCUAAUGCUACGAGUAGACAAGUGACUUCCUCUGCUCCUACGCACCAGUCACCAUUUGCGCUUCCAUCUCGACCACAGAGCACCAGUCUCGCAGUCAAUGAUAUAGGCGGUCUGGAAGGAGGUGUUCCGCCACCAGAUAGAAGAACUGGUUCGACAACGACAGAUGGCUUUCAAUGUCCACGUUGCACUUUCCUAAACCACCCUUCUCUUCUGUCUUGCGAGAUAUGCGGCGCGCCUCUAAUAUCUCACGAUGUCCCCAUGGCGGCUGUGCCUAAUCAUGCGAGAACAGACUCGCCGGGACCUACACUGAAUGUGGCUAGUGUAGCCGGCCUAGAGAAUCCCGAGAGUGUCAAGGUGUCUUUCCGGGGCGGAGGGGACAAGAUAUUCUAUGAGAGACUGAAAAGUUCCAUGACCCAGCGCAAAUGGCUCUUGCAAGAAGCACCGCCUGUUCCCAGCGGGAGUGCCAAUGAUGUACGCUCCGAUUCGCUAUCGACGUCUGGGCCAGGAACUAGUCGAAAUAAGACUGCCGGAAUCGCAGGACUUGAGAAGAUGGGUCUGGACAGACGCAAGAAUAACGAACUGGUCAUUGGGAGUGCAUUCGAGGACCUUGAAGCUCUGAUGGCUUCCGCUAAAGAAAUUGUAGCGCUUGCAGAGUCAUUUUCUCGACAAGUCAACGGUGGUACCGAAAAGGCAACGUCUGAAGCAAGCGCCCUACUCGCCGAGUCUGCUAGCCAGUUAGGGCUGGUGACUACCAAGGACAUUGUUGGCGGCUCAGGAUCUGAAACACUUUAUUUGUCGGAAUUGUCUAGAAAUCUUGCCGAGUUCUUGACAGACGACGCCAGAGGUGUACUUAAGAAAGCUGGCGGAAUUAUUAGCUUGGUUGAUCUAUGGGCUAUGUUUAAUCGUGCUCGCGGGGGCGUUGAACUUGUUAGUCCUAACGACUUCGAAAAGGCUGCUCGGAUGUGGGGGAAAUUAAGACUACCAGUUCGAUUACGCACUUUCAAGAGUGGAGUGAUGGUCGUCCAGAGUCGUGAUCGGACAGACGGAACUACAAUUAAGGCAUUGCUGGCGUGGCUUCGCGAUCUACAUGAUAUCCCGCCAGAUAGAGAUGUGACCUGGGAUUGGCAGGAGUUCGGUCGCGGCGUUACUGCGCAGGACGCCGCCGAACGAUUUGGAUGGAGCAUUGGUGUUGCCGAAGAGGAGCUCGAGAUGGCCGAGGAAAAAGGCGUCCUCUGCCGCGAAGAUGGUAUCGAAGGGCUUAAGUUCUGGGAGAAUUACAUCGAUACCGGGGAAUAUCGUAACAAGUCGCGGCAGCGCAAUGAUGGAGACAAGAUCAUCGAAGCCUUAAGUUCGGCUGGUCUACUCUAGAUAACACCAUAUAUCAUGCCCAGAUAUGCAAAUUGUUUGUCCAAUGAAGUA